GAGCCACCUACCCUCCUCACUACACCAUACAUUUUCUCUAUUGAGCCAGUGAGAGCCCAAACACUGCAGCCAUGCCUCCUCCCGGUGUAUGCCUUAACAUCCUGGAAGCUCGUAACAAGCAAGAUGGGUAUGGGAGUGCUACCAAACCUGAGAAUUUCCUCAACCAAGACUACCAGCAGCUGAAACAGUACUGUCUCAUCCGGGGAGUAAGGUACAUCGACGACAUGUUCCCCCCUGACAGGAACUCCAUUGGCCAAGACUUACUGAACUCCUCUGAUCUGGCCCGUGUGGAGUGGCUGAGACCAGCGAAAAUUUCUCCUAAUCCAUCCUUUGUACUUGAUGGGGUCUCCAGGUUUGACUUUGGUCAAGGAGUACUUGGAAACUGCUGGUUUCUUGCGUCCAUCGGAGCUCUGACAUUCCAGAAUGAUGUCCUGGGGCAAGUUGUCCCUCUUGAGCAAACAUUUGACGAGAACUACUGUGGGCUGUUUCACUUCAGGUUCUGGAGGUUUGGAAGAUGGGUGGAUGUCGUCAUUGAUGACAAGCUACCAACAAUCGAUGGCAGACUAAUCUUUGUCCACUCCAAAGACCCAAAUGAGUUCUGGCCUGCUUUGCUUGAGAAAGCCUACGCCAAGGUAUGUGGUUCCUAUACGGACAUGAGCGCUGGAACACCUGAAGAGGCUAUGAUGGACUUCACUGGUGGUGUCCACAUGUGCAUCCAGAUGUCAGACCCCCCUCCAAACCUGUGGGAGCUGAUGUUCAGAGCUGGCAAAUAUGGUGCACUGAUGGGCUGUGGUACUCCUCAGGGAGAGACCUCAGCCAACACUGUAUUACCCAAUGGAUUGGUCCAAGGCCACGCCUACACUGUCACAGGUGUCAAACAGUUGAUGAGCCAGGGGAAACUUGUAAACCUGGUGCGUUUAUGGAACCCCUGGGGCAAAGGAGAGUGGAAUGGAAACUGGAGCGAUCGGUCACCUCUGUGGCAAACCGUGAGCGCUGAUGAUCGUGAGAUGUGCCUGUCAGUGAAUGAUGAUGGAGAGUUUUGGAUGACCAUACAGGACUUCUGUGAGUUCUACACAGAUCUUGACGUCUGCUCCCUUUGUCCAGACUUCCUUGAUGGAAACUCUUGUCGCUGGAAAAGCUCCAUGUAUGAGGGCAGAUGGGUUGCAGGAACCACUGCUGGAGGAUGCAUGAAUAACAGAGACAGUUUCUGGACUAAUCCACAGUAUCGGGUCAAGAUUAACAACCAAUAUACGCACAAAGAUGGUGAAAAAAACAUGUUGGUGUCUCUCAUGCAAAAGCCUGACAAGAGGAACCGACGCCUGGUCCAGAAUCUGCACAUUGGAUUCUCUGUAUUUGAAGUGACCAAACAAUACAGUGAACAGAGGGGGAAGUUCCCAGCCUCUUUCUUCCACACCCAUGCACCUGUUGCCCAAACUAAAACCUACAUGAAUGCACGUGAGGUGAUGGAGUUCCUAAUGCUAAAGCCUGGUGAAUACCUGAUUGUACCAUCCACCUUCAGACCCAAUGAGACAGCCUCCUUCAUCUUGACCAUCCACUCCAAAGAGGAGACCCAGGGCUAUGAGAAUUCUGGUGACCAUAAACAUGAGCCAGUUCAAAUGAUCAAGCAGACCAAAAAUGCACACGAUGAGGAAAACAGGAAAACCUUCUUCCGCCAGAACUCAGACAAGUAUGAAGAAGUGGAUGCGGAGCAGCUCCAGAGGCUUCUAAAUGAAAACAUCCUGAAAGGAGAUUUGAAAUCUGGAGGCUUCAGCCUUGAUGCCUGUCGCAGCAUGGUUGCCCUGAUGGAUACAUCCAUCACUGGCAGACUCAAUGGAGAGGAAUUUGUCCGUCUGUGGAGAAAGGUCGUCACAUACAAGGACAUUUUCUUCAGCACUGAUGUCUCACGAACAGGGACUCUGUCACUGGGUGAACUGAGGAAUGCAUUCGUAGCUUCAGGAAUGAGGGUUAGCGAUGACAUGCUGAAUUUGAUGGCUCUGCGCUACGGUGCCUCCUCUGGGCACAUGACACUGGAGAGCUUCAUCAGUCUCAUGCUUCGUUUGGACUGUAUGCACAAAAUCUUCAAACAGCUGUCUAAUGGAAACGGCAUGAAUCUCAGAGAGUCAGAGUGGAUGUACAUUUCAAUGUACACUUAAGCCGACAGCCUGCUCAAAUCAACUGGAAUUACAGGGGUAGAUAUUUCAGCAGCAUGAUUUCUUUUCUUUUGCCAAGCUACAAUAUGAGUAAAACAUGUAUCCCUCUGCAAAUGAGCCAUAACACAAUAUGAACUGCAACUUAGUUGUUGUCUUUUGUAUCUUUGUUUACCUACUCUACCCAGCAUUAAUGUGAAAAAAUAACAUAACCAGUUCCAUAACACAUGACUUGACAUGUUAGACUGGAGAUGGAAUCGUAUUACAUGUCUAUAUGUUAAAAUGACAGACUCAGUUACUACAUUUUUUGUAAUUAUCUGUUGUAUCAGGAUGUUAUCACUCUGUGCUUUACACAAUGGCAACACUACACAAACACAUUCAUAUUUCAAUGCAUGGUGUAAGCUCAGUUUCAGUCUAGAAACCUUUUCACUUUCUUAAAUAAAUAACAACACCAAUGUGA